AUGAGCGGCAUCCUGAAGAGGAAGCUCGAGGAGGGCCCGCCCCCUUACCUGUCCCUGCAGGGCUCUGAUGAUGAUGAGGUCUCCUGCAGCGACAGCGGCAACAGCAGCGACAGCCUGAACCAUCCCGUCCCCUCUGGACUGCUGGACUCUACCCUCCAGCAGCAGUCGAAGCGACUGCGGGGCCGCACCGUGCACUUUGAGAGCGUGACAGUCUACUACUUCAACCGGCGGCAGGGCUUCACCAGCGUGCCCACACAGGGCGGCAGCACGCUGGGUAUGUCGCCGCGGCACAGCGGGGUGAAGCGCUUCACCCUCAGGGAGUUUGCCAUGGAGCAGAAACAGAGCCACUGGAACAUGCUGAGGGAUCAUCUCAAAGAGGAGAAACUCAAUGCCAUCAAGCUCAAACUGACUAAGAAUGGCACCGCGUCCUCCACGGAGGCGGAUACCCUGACGAUUGAUGACAUCUCCGAAGACGACCUGGAUGUGGACAACACGGAGGUGGAUGAUUACUUCUUCCUCCAGCCUCUGACUACCAGGCGGCGACGCGCCCUUCUCCGUUCCUCGGGGGUCCGACGCAUCGACGUGGAGGAGAAGCACGAGCUGCGCGCCCUCCGCAUGUCCAGAGAGGAGUGUGGGUGCCGCUGCCGGGGGAUCUGCGACCCGGAGACCUGUGCUUGCAGCCUGGCCGGCAUUAAGUGCCAGGUAAAUGGAACUGUGGUCGACCGCAUGUCCUUCCCUUGUGGCUGCACCAAAGAAGGCUGCAGCAACACCACGGGACGCCUGGAGUUCAACCCGGUCCGGGUGCGCACCCACUUCCUGCACACCAUCAUGAAGCUGGAGCUGGAGAAGAGCCGCGAGGAGCAGCAGCAGCGGCAUCAGCAGCAGCAGAUGGAGCAGCAGCUUGUAACCAAUGGCAACGGUUACCAUGGUGACUCCUCCUUGGUCCAGCAGCAGCAGCAGCCGAACCUGCAGUUUCCACUGAUGAGUGGCGCGCCGCACAUUCCCAUCAUGCACCUCCAGAGCACAGGCGACACUGAUUCGCAUCUAGAUGAAGAGGAAGAAGAGGAGGAAGACGAAGAGGAAGAGGAGGAGGAGGAGGAGGAAGAAGAUGAAGAGGACGAGGAUGAUGAAGCUUAUGAGGAAGAUGAGGAUGGCAGCAGCGUUUGCAGCGGGCUGUCGGACUGCAGCACGCACAGCUUAGAAACAAUCAACCCCGAGGACGGAGAGGAGGACGAAGAGGAUGAGGAAGACGAUGAUGAUGAGGAGGAUGAAGAGGAAGAGGAGGAAGAUUGGGAUUGCUCGGGUCCUCCGCCCUACUCGGUUCCACUUCCCUCAGUGCUGAGUUACUCUAAUAGCACCCUCAUGAGCCUCAGUAACCCCUUCCACAACGCUCCCUCCAUGCAGCAUUAUCAGGUCGACAGCUCUGUGAAUGACACCCCUGCUUUCCUGUGUGACAACGCCACCGUCGCCCCCACACUCCCCACAGUAGAGACGGCUUUAGAGUCCAAAAUAAACACAGAACUCCGCUGCCAAACAGAGCCGCAGAGCGACCCCUGCCAUUUCCCCGACCCCAGAGAGUCCCUGCCUCUCCAAACUCGCUCACAUGCAGACACCCGUGAGAGCAACGCUGCCCCUGCUGGUGCAGCCGGCGAACAGCAGCUCUCCACAGACCUCCAGAACAAUCCAGACCAUCAUGACUCACAGACUGAGGCUUCGGCGGGGUCUGUGGAGCAGGCAGAGGAGGAGACGAGGGAGCGAGCGGGACUGCAGACGCAGGCAGGCGGCGAUCAAACGACGAACGCGUCAUGCUCAGACAGCACCUGA